AUGGUGGCUGCAAAGCGAAAGGCGCCUCUCACCGGCCAAGGGGCCAACAAGGCGCCGCGGGCGUCCAAAACCUCGACACCCGGUCCAUCGACGCCGAAUGCUGGCGACGACAGCGAGCUGGCCGAACAGUCUGACGCGUCGGACGGCUCCGAGGCGCUCGGUGUCCCCGAUGAGCUCAAUAGCAUGAUCUCCGACAACGUCGACCGGUUCGGCAUCGGCGCCUUUCCUUACCUGCUCCCGUCCGGCGCCAACGACUCGGCAUCACGCCACUUCCAGCCCCAGAACAAAAAGGACUUUACAGCGCUGCCCAUGAAGCCCGACCACGAGUCGCGGCCGCUCUGGGUGGACGGCUGGGGCAAGCUGGUUCUCGAGAGCUACCACCCGCUGGCGCGGCCGGUGCAGGAUCUGCUGAUUACGAUUGCCGAGCCCAUCUCGCGACCCAUCUUCCUGCACGAGUACCGCAUCACACCCCACAGCCUGUACGCCGCCGUGUCCGUGGGCCUGGAGCCCCGCGACAUUGUGAGCUCGCUCGACCGGUUCUCCAAGACGGACAUCCCGCCCAACAUUGUGCAGUACAUCAAGCACUGCGGCAAGAGCUACGGCAAGGUGAAGCUGGUGUUGCGGCGCAACAAGUACUACGUCGAGACCUCGGAUGCGGCGGUGAUGCAGAUUUUGCUGAAAGACCCGGAGAUCAGUGCGUGCCGUGUGCACGGCGCGGAAGAAAUGACGCUCAAGGCACCGACCAACGCGGGUCUCGCCAUUGCGGGCACGAACGACGCAGCCGGUCUGCGGGCGGCCCAAGGUCUGGACACGCGGCCCGCAGCAGAGGGCAGCGCGCAGGAGGCGCUCUACACGCAGGCAUUAAAUACCCUGGCCGACGACGCAGACGACGCCGACGACGCCGACGCCAGCGGCCGCAGCUCCGUCUUUGCGUUCCAGAUCAGCGACGACAAGGUCAGCGCCAUCACCCAGCGGUGCCUGGCGCUGCACUACCCGGCCCUCGAGGAGUACGACUUCCGCAACGACUUUGCCAAUGCCAACCUCGAGAUUGAUCUGCGGCCCGCUGCCCAGAUCCGGCCGUACCAGGAGCAGAGCCUGAGCAAGAUGUUCGGCAACGGACGGGCCAAGAGUGGGAUUAUUGUCCUGCCGUGCGGCGCCGGCAAGACGCUGGUGGGCAUCACGGCGGCGUGCACCAUCAAGAAGGGCGUUGUCAUCCUGGCGACGAGCAACAUGUCUGUCCUGCAGUGGCGCAACGAGUUUUUGAAGUGGUCCAACAUCAGCCCCGACGACAUUGCCGUCUUCUCGUCGGACAACAAGUCGACGUUUUCCGGCAACACGGGCAUCAUCAUCACGACGUACUCGAUGGUGACCAACACGCGCGAGCGGGCGCACGAGUCUGCCAAGAUGAUCAAGUUUCUGCAGAGCCGCGAAUGGGGCCUGAUGCUGCUGGACGAGGUGCACGUCGUCCCGGCGCAGAUGUUCCGGCGCGUGAUUGGCAACAUCAAGGCGCAUUCGAAGCUGGGGCUGACGGCGACGCUGCUGCGCGAGGACGACAAGAUUGAGGAUCUCAACUUUUUGAUUGGCCCCAAGCUGUACGAGGCCAACUGGAUGGAGCUGUCCCAGCUGGGCUUCAUUGCGCGCGUGCAGUGCGCCGAGGUGUGGUGCCCGAUGACGACGGAGUUUUUCGAGGAGUACAUGCGGGCCAAUGUGCGCAGCCGGUCCAUCUUCUGCGCCAUGAACCCGACCAAGUUCCAGGCCUGCCAGUAUCUGAUCAAGUACCACGAGAACCGCGGCGACAAGAUCAUUGUCUUUUCCGACAACGUCUACGCCCUCGAGGCCUACGCCAAGAAGCUGAUGAAGCCGUUCUUGUAUGGCGGCACGGGCAACGCAGAGCGCCAGCAGAUUCUCGACUACUUCCAGAACUCGCCGCAGUGCAGCACGCUGUUCCUGUCCAAGAUUGGCGACACGUCGCUCGAUCUGCCCGAAGCCACCUGUCUCAUUCAGAUCUCGGCCCAGUACGGCUCGCGCCGCCAGGAAGCGCAGCGCCUGGGUCGCAUUCUGCGGGCCAAGCGGCGCAACGAGGACGGUUUCAAUGCUUUUUUCUAUUCGCUGGUGUCCAAGGACACGACGGAGAUGGCCUUUUCCGCCAAGCGCCAGGCGUUUCUGGUCGACCAGGGCUACGCCUUCAAAGUCAUUACGCACCUCAAGGGCAUCGAGAACAUGCCCGACCUGGCCUUUGGCAGCUCCCACGCCCGGCGCGAGCUGCUCCAGAAGAUCCUGGUCGAGGUCGAGAGCAAGUCGUGGCGCGACGAGGAGGAAAAGGAGAGCGCCAGCCUGCUGGCCGACAGCAACAUGUUUUACGGUCCGGACGGCAAGCCGCUGCGCAAAGGGCCGGCCAAGCGCAAGGCAGCACGGCGCACGGCGGGCACGCUCAAGGAUCUCAGUGGCGGCCAGGACAUGGCGUACAUUGAGCAGAACCGGAGUGCCAACAAGAUGAUCAAGAGCAAGAAGGGACCACAGAACGCCUUUUUCAAGGCCAUUACGAGAGAAAACGAGAGACGGAAGAAGAUGGAAUAG